AUGUACUUGAACUCCAAGGCUGACAGGCGACAGCUGAUCAUCAUGAUCUUCUCUCAUCUCCCCAUUAUCUCCCUGGCCAAAAUGAUGGCCGUCUCCCGGCAUAUCCAAGAUGCAGUAGAGCCCACACUCAGAACACAGCUACGAGCAAUGGUACAGCGCAGUGAUAUCAGUUUAAUGCUUCUCUGUGCCUGCCCCGACUCCGUCCAAUCACGGGUCCGAUGUCAGCUCCUGCAGACCCCGGGUUUGGAUAUUAUCGACGAUGGCUCCGCGCCCCGAACAACGGCUUUACAUAGCGUCUACCGUCCAGAAGCACUUCCACCCGACAGCGCUCCCACUGGUUCACCUGUAGGGAACGUCAUCCUCCUGUGUGGGGGAGACGACUUGAUCCGUGCUCACAUGGGUGGGGCGGGAUGCAAAGGCUUUGCGACGCGCCAGGUCACCUUAGAAGACUAUGAAAGUUUUAUCCAGCUACGAGUGAAACUGAACCUCGUCAUUUCGGGGCAACAAUACUUCAUCGCUCCUGCAUUUGUGGUUCAUGAUGGAAUGAUUCGCAUUAACCGGGCAUGGCUUGAGCAGAACACAGAGGAGAUUAUUUGGAUGAAUUCUGAAAAGUCGGUAGGCCUCAGAAUGCGGGCAGUCGAAAAGGCGGCGACUGAAGAUGAAGCCAAGUCAUUUGAUUUGGAAAUUCAAGAGUUGCAUGUUCGGUCGGCACUGUUGCUCCAUAAUAUCCGAAAAGCGGAGACGGGCUUGGAUAGACAAGAGGUGUGUGGUGAUAGCACGGAUCCCGUCGGGCUCUCGCCACGACUCCACUUUGCCCGCAGUGACAACCUCGCUGACUUGCAUUUUCACACACCGUGGGGUAUUCUACAGCCCCAAAGCUGCGCAUAUCGGAUGGAAUCCUCGCUGAAUACAUGCACGUCCGAGACCCCAACUCCGCUCCGCCGGACUCGGGUUGCCUGCAAGGCGUGCAAUGCGAGGAGGGUCAAAUGUGAUGCUGGUGACAGUCAGCCAUGUUGGCAUUGCCGCAUGAGGCAAAUCAAAUGCGAAUUGAUUGAUUCAAAACGGGGAAAGUAUAUCAGAAAAACUCGGGAUAACUCUCGGACUAAAGGUGGGCCUCGACAAAUCCUUCGAGGCAGUGAGACGCCUAGUGCACAGGGUUCCCAUAUAGACAGCUCCACUGAAACGCCGUAUGCUAUAUCAUCCUCAACUCCAAACCAUUGCAUUCCGGGACCUACUCCAGGCCAAACCAACGGAGUGGAAUCCCAAAAGAAUCAGCAAGUGCCUGCACAGCACAUCGGCGAUCGUACACAGACGAACUUUUCUGAGAACUACGCCGCGGAUGAUUCAUCCACUCUCCAUUAUGUUAUCGAGCUAAGCCAUAGGCCUGAGGGUGGCUCGACUGAGCCGCUGACGGUUCAUCACCCCAUCCCUGCAUCAAUAGCAGAUAGGCCAGGGAUGGAAUCAAAUCAGCUUCAGACUCCAAUCUCUUUACAAGAGGCUCUGACGCUGCCCGGUCCAGAUAUUCUCCGCCGUCUGAUCUAUACCUUUUUUGAUAAGAUUCAUCCUGCAUAUCCAGUAUUUGAUCGUGAGAAGUUUUCUCAAUCGUACUCGGCAGGUCAGACAUCUCCGCUGGUCCUACAGACAAUAUGUCUGCUGGGAUUUACGAUUGGAGACGAUGAUUUGGUGCUCGCGGCCGGAUUUACAGACCGUGCCAUAGCAAGAAAGACCCAUUUUCUUCGCGCAAAGGCACUCUACGAUGCGGACUAUGAGACUGAUCGCAUGAACCUCGCCGCGGUUCUGCUGUUACUUGGGUUCUGGUGGGCUAGUCAUGAUGACCAGAAAGACGUAUGCCAUUGGGUUGGAUGUGCGAUCACUUUCGCACAGUCUUUGGGAAUGCAUCGCUCGAUGGCUCAGUCAUCGAUGAGUCCGCGAAUGAAGUCCUUGAGGAAACGAAUAUGGUGGAUCAUCUAUUCCCGUGAUAGGCACACCGCUGGCGCCUUUGGCCGACCAUGCCGUAUAAGAGACGAAGAUUGUGAUAUCGAAGCUCUUACGGAAGAAGAUUUCGAUUUUGAUACUAACUUCGAUCAAAGCCUCAUACCAGCACAGAAAGACUACCAAGUUUCAUAUGUCAUCGAAAUGGCCAAACUAGCAGCCCUACUGGGUGAUAUCCUUCUGGGGGAAUUUAGUCCCCAACGGCCUCCGCUAGAAAAGUUUGAAACAAACACAUUGAUACGGAGGCUGGAAGAAUGGGAAUCAGAACUUCCCAAAAAGGUUCAAAUGAAAACUCAUGAAGGAUAUACAAAAGGAUCAUUUUGGGGCUGCAUGUUGCAAAUAUCAUACCAGAACUGCACGAUCUUACUAUUCCGACCAAAAUCCAAUAAAGAAGGCUCACCAGAUGAGGCUGAAAGGGAUACAAGAGCUCGAGCAGCAGCAGAUUUCAUCACCCGUCUAGCAGAGGAUCUUUUAGCCACUGGAAUGAUCCAUUCUGGUCUAAUUCAUAUGUACCGCCGAGCCCAUUCAAGUUUAAGCAAUGACCGAACUGACAAUUACCAGGGUCCCUGCAUUAUUCUCUGCGCUGUCAAUACAUACACUCGUCAUAUGCCGCAAAGAAUCAAUACACCGCCAACUCGCCGAGAACAAAUCACGACAGUGCAUGCUGGCACUGAGCGUGAUAGCCAAGUCAUGGCCUGUCAGAAUCUGGAUCUCAAAGGCAUUCGUCAACCUAAUGAAAAGAUUGACAGGACAAGGGUCUAA